AGUCCAGCAAAUUUCAGUCUGUGUAUGAUCAUUCCCCAAAGUUUCAGUUAUCUUGGUUGCUUUGCAUAAAAGUCAUGUUCUUUCAUAGUUAUGCUCCAAGACAUGUUCCAAUCAUUUUCCCCAACAUGUCUUGGUCAAUCCAGGAAAAGAUAUUUUGCCUGGAGGACUAUUUUGCCAACAAAUCAUACCAUUUGGAACAUAAUUAUGAAAGAACAUGGUUUUGUAGGAACAUCCUUUGUAGGAUUUAUUACAAUUUUAUGGGUUCUAUUUUUUGGGUCACUCUGUAUCAUGAAGGUCAUGGAUUAAAUUCACAAAUUCUGCCAGGGACUGACUGAAAAAUAACUCUAUAAACACCUAACCCAGUCACGUUAACUUACAGGUUUGAAUGUAGAAGUUGAUUACACAACACUGCUCCAUUUCAAAAGAAUGAAAAGUAGCAUCUCAGAUGGUCAUUCCUUGAAUGAUGGAAGUAUCAUUUGCAAGUGUUUUGACUUCAAACAGCAUCGCUGCUCUUCCCGUCCAUCUGGAGACUAUUAGAGGUUAUAAACCAGCUGCUCUGAGUUGGCUCCUUUUCUUCCCGCCGCAGACUGAAGUAAGAUGUCUGGGAUUGUGCACAGGCUGAACUUGACCUCGUGCCACAUCAUUAAAAUACACACAGAAGGUACUCACAUCUUAACAGAAGAUGUAAAAACAGAAAUUCUGAUACAACCAUGAAGCCUUUUAUACUUUGGGCAUGCACACAGGAGAAUGUUGCACAUAAGCAGACUGAAAAUAACCUUCAAAAGUGCAGCUUUUUUUUUUUUUUUUUUUUUUUUUUACCAGAAUGAAGGAGCCAGUGUUGUCUCUCAGAUAAUUUAGGGUUAAAUUCUCAUGGACACUUGACUUACCCUUGCAAAACUCUCACUCAUAUACCCUGGCAAGCCCCCCCCAAAUGUAAAGUAAAUGUUAUAAAUAGUGCUGUGUUGUGUUCACUGGCCAUCCUCCGCUGAAAACCCAAAGUGAACGCCUGCACUUCCCACCUUUGCUCUGUCACUCACCUUUUUUACUCCUCCUUUCAGCACUGAACAUAGUUUAAUUUAGGUCUUGCCGCUCACUUUACAGUUAUCUGCACUCUUUCUCUCGGAGGCUUCAUACUGGAUUUUUCUACUAGAUUCUUUCUACGGCAAAAAGACCAGAAGAAAAUCCAUCCAAAUUCCGGGACUGAAUUAUUUCUUAAGAGCUGAUCAGCAUGUUUUGUAUGAGAAAGUUGCUGCUGGGGGCCUGUUUUCUGCUCAUGGGCCAGGCAGUACAGGGAGUCCCAAGUCAAUGCCCCAACUUGUGUCACUGCCACGGUGACCUGCAGCACGUCAUCUGUGACAGUGUGGGACUGAAGAAGAUCCCUCGAGUGUCAGAGGCCACCCGUCUGCUGAACCUUCAAAGGAACAACUUGGGCACCAUACCCACAGGAUCCUUCAGUGAAAGUAAGGGGCUCAUCUCUCUGCACAUGCAGCACUGUCAGCUCCGGGAGAUCGGAUCCCAGGCCUUCAAGGGGCUGAAGAAGCUUGUCUACCUCUACCUGUCCAACAAUGAAAUCAGCAGCAUCAAACCCGGUGCCUUCGAAGACCUGACAGAGCUUACCUACCUCUACCUAGAUGGGAACCAGAUCAGCGAACUAGCCAAGGGCAUCUUCUCCCCCAUGAUCAAUCUCUUUAUCUUACAGCUCAAUGACAACAGGCUUAGAGAGCUGCGGCCUGGAACUUUUACAGGUGCUAAAGACUUGCGUUGGCUGCACAUGAGUGGGAACGAGUUAACCACCUUGCAUCCAGGCUCCCUAGAUGAGGUUGAGAAUCUCGCUAUAUUUCACCUGGACAGGAACAAGAUGACCACAUAUCCCAGUGCUGCAAUGAGCAAACUUCGGGUGGUAGAGGAACUCACAUUGGGCAGGAACCCCAUGAGAACCAUCCCAGAAAAUGCCUUCCAGAGUUUUGGGCGCUACAUGGAGAAACUACAUCUGGACAACAUGGGUCUAGAGAAGUUCUCUGAUGGUGCAUUCACUGGCGUGACAGCAGUCAAGGUACUCAGUCUGGACAAUAAUAAGCUAAAGACUCUUCCCAAAAGUCUGGCAUUUGGCACAAUCACCAAUCUCACCCUCUCCAACAACCCUUGGAGCUGCACCUGUCAGCUUGCCCCUUGCGGAGGUGGAUGGAUGCAAGUCACAGUCGUCCAGAUGCAGUGUGUGCUUCUCCACCACAGCAGAAAGGCAAACAAGUCGGGGACAGCCCCGCCUUCAGCGGAUGCAGAGUCAAGCAAAAGCGAGCCAGAAAAGGCAAAGGAAAAGGAGCUUCCUUAUGAGGCUGGAGACGCUGGGGAGAAGCCCGUCCAGGUGACCGGCUACACAUGCAGAGAAAGCUAUGCUCAAAUUAUUCUACUUCAAAAUCGUCCAAGUGUGCACCUUCCAAAAGUUGUCACUUAUAGGUACACACUGUUACUUUUCCUUGCUCUACAACAGGAUCAAGGACUUUUUUCAUUCAUUAAAAUCAAAGCUGAAAGUUACAGUGAACAACAAACCAAAGGAUGUGUAAAUGAGGUGCUUGACCAGAGAACGUUCGCCUUCUUCUGAUCCACUAAAUAGCUGAGAACAAAACAAAGCACAAAUACAAAAAUCCUGUCUUUAGAAUAGUUUUUGUUGUUGUUGUUGGGGAGGGAGUCAAUCACACUCCUUUUCUAUAUUUUAGCUUUAUGUCAAUCAAUCCACUUCCUGCGGCUGCUCCUGUUAGAGGUUGUCACAACAGAUCAACUGUUUCCAUCUCACCCUGUCCUCUGUAUCUUCCUCUGUCACACCAACCACCUGCAUGUCCUCCCUCAGCACAUCCAUAAACCUCUUCUCCUCCUGCCUGGUGGUUCUAUCCUCAGCAUCCUUCUCCCUAUAUACCCUAGGUCCCUCCACUGUACAUGUCGAAAGCAUCUCAAAUCUCCUCCUCUCUGGCUUUGUCUCUAAAUUAUCCUACCUGUGCUGUCACUCUGAUAUGUUCUUUCCUAAUCCUGUUCAUCCUUGUCACUCCCAAAGAAAAUUUUGGCAUGAAACCAUGUUGCUGUUCACAAAUCAUCAUCUGUUUUCUAACACUAUCUUCUAUUACUCUUUUCCGUAACUUCAUGCUGUGGCUGAUCAACUUUAUGCCUCUGUAGUUACUGCAGCUCUGCACAUCACCCUUGUUCUUAAAA